GCACAGACAUGCAUUAAAGAGGAGGGGGGAUAAAGUAGUGCCCUGCAGACUGACAGACACAAUGGCAGUGACAGCAGCUCGCCGUUGAUGCUCUCCCCUCGCUGCUGCAUGUGGCCUUUGAACCCAUUGUUGUGUCGCGGGUGACGUCAGUGCCGUGUGCGGGAGACGGAGCGGCGUGCGCCUGGCGAGACAAAGGCGGCGGACCGACCGGGGUCAGGCAGCAGCAGCAGAGAGCCGAGAACCACUGUUUUUUUUUUUUUUUUUUUACUAAAAGGUAACUGCUAACCUUGGAUUUUCAGCUGCGGCGCGUGUCGGUACGCAGAAUGAAGACCCGGUGACACUCCCAGGAAUAUGCUGUGACUCUCCUGAAAGAGGAAAAAAACAACACUGCCCUCUCUUCGGUUUUUAACGUUUUUCUCCUACGCCCCCCCGUUUAGCGUGCUAGCUAGCUAACCGUGCUAGCUCCCUAGCGUUGGUCUCCUCCUCCUCCUGGCUGCUUCUCAUCUUUCCCUCAAAAACUGGGCGACGGGCGAAGGGAGGAUCUCGUCGACAAAGGCAAGAUAAAAAGAGGGUGAGCUCACUCCCAACACACAGGCAUCCGUGAUCUGAUGUGAGAUCCACGGAGAGACUAUGCCUAGCCCUUUAUUCCACCCCGAGAUUAUGGACCACGACGUGGUGAUCAGCAGCCAGCACAACGGGGUCGGUCUGCCCCGAGAGACGGACCAGGAGUCCCGGGAAGAGGACCACCAAGAGGCGCUCCGCUUCGCCCUGGACCAGCUGUCACUCAUGGCCCUGGAGAAGGUGGACUGUGGGGGCGGCGGUGGCAGCGGAGGCGGCGGGCUGGUCGACACUCUGGAUGGGACCCAGGGUCCCGGCUCUGAGGGCUGCAACGGCGUGGGCGGAGGGGGCUACGUGGAUCUACAGAUGCUGGAGCAUCCCAACGGGUCCCGGGACUCGCCGACGUCCUGCUCUCCGUCCCCGGAGUACUACGGCUCGGGCGGGUACCACAUGGCCGGCUCGCACCCCAUGCUCCACGGGGAACAAAGCUCCGUCCUCUGCAGCAGGAAAAGAAGUGUCAACAUGACUGAAUGUGUGCCUGUGCCCAGCUCUGAGCAUGUGGCAGAGAUAGUGGGGAGACAAGGUUGUAAGAUCAAGGCCUUACGUGCCAAAACAAACACUUACAUAAAGACUCCAGUCAGAGGCGAGGAUCCGGUGUUCAUUGUGACGGGACGCAGGGAGGAUGUGGAGAUGGCCAAACGUGAAAUUGUCUCCGCCGCUGAGCAUUUCUCUAUGAUCCGGGCGUCCCGCUGCAAAGCCGGAGGGCCCGGAGGAGGAGGCGGCGGCUCCCUUCCCGGACCGCCACACUUACCUGGACAAACCACCAUACAGGUGCGGGUGCCCUACAGAGUAGUUGGGUUAGUUGUUGGACCAAAAGGAGCAACUAUCAAGCGCAUCCAGCAGCAGACUCACACCUACAUCGUGACGCCCAGUCGAGAGAAAGACCCGGUGUUCGAGGUGACCGGCAUGCCGGAGAACGUGGACCGAGCGAGGGAGGAGAUUGAGACCCAUAUCACCCUGCGAACUGGAACCUUUGUAGACCUGCAGGGAGACAAUGACUUCCACUCCAACGGCACUGACGUCAGUCUAGAGGGCCUCGGCGCCCUGAGCGGAGGCCUGGGGGCAUCUCUGUGGUCCAGGGCUACCGGCCACCAUUCUGCCCCCCCUCCUCCUCCACCCUCCCCACCUCCUCCUCCUCUCCCCAUGUCCAUGCACCACUCCUCCAGCCGGAAGAUGUCCUCAUCAGUUGCCUAUCACACGCACAACGGCGGGAUGAGCUCAGACAACUUCAGCACCACUCGCAAGGCCAAUGAGGGCGGCAGCCCCACGAGCCCCUUUAGCACAGGCUCCAGCAGCGCUGGAGGAGGAUUCACUUUCGGGGGCGACUCCACCCCAGGGCUGCCCUCGUCAGAUGAACUGGGCUUUGAGUUCAGCGCUGCCAACAUCUGGGCGCCUUUCGUCAACGGUGGAACAGGCAAUAAGACGGGUGGCUCUGCCCAACAGCAGCCUCUACGUCGCAACAGCAGCGGCCUCAGCGGCGGAGCCAUCACUCCACGAUUGUCUCCAACUCUGCCUCAGGACACGGGCGUGGGCCCCCUGGAUCACCCAUUAGCCCGUCGUGCACAGAGCGACCCCCUCAGCACUCUCUCCUGGCUGCAGUCCGGCAGCGCAGGAGGCGGCUCCUUCUCCGGAGCGUCCAGCUCCAGCUCCGGCGGCUCGUCGACUGGCUACUCCUCCUGCUCGGCCUCCUCCCUGCCAGGCGGCUCGCCCACUGACUCCGAGGGAGGCGGCAGCGGCGUGGGCCUCAGCUCCGGGAUGCUGAGCCGACUGAAAGGCGGCUCCGGCCCCGGGGUCGCGGGCCUGGUCGGCGUUAGCCCCGGGAUCAACAGGGACUGCUUUGUGUGUUUCGAGAGCGAGGUGACGGCAGCCCUGGUGCCUUGUGGCCACAACCUGUUCUGCAUGGAGUGCGCUGGGCAAAUCUGCCAGUCAGCUGAGCCGGAGUGCCCCGUCUGCCACACCCCCACCACACAGUGCAUCCGCAUCUUCUCCUAAUGCCCCGGCAGGGGGGUGCGGGGCGGGGGGUAAAAUCUGAGGGAGGCAGGAAGAAGACUGGAGUGGGGCACCAGCUGUGGGAGAGGCGAUGGAAGGAUUCACACUAAUAACUUUCACACACACACGAUGGACCAUAAUAAAUGCAUAAUAGAGAUGAUGAUACUAUACGGAUGUUGAUUUAUUGCUGGUAACUGUCAAGAUUAAUAAUAAUAAUAAUAAUAAUAAUAAUAAUGACAAUGACUUAUUUUCAGAGUGAAGUUAAUUGAAACUGGUCUGCAGACAGUCGGAGCUCAGACAGUCUCUCAGUGGUGAACUUAUGGAAGGAAACUAGUGUCUUAUCUCUCUUCAGGCCUUCAUUUUGACCCGGAGCAGCCCGCGCCGCCGGCUGCCGGUCUGUCUUGACAUUUUCUUCAUUCUGGCUUCUUCAGAUCUCUGCCUGCUUUCUCUCUCACAGCCUUUCCUUUUGACACUUUUGUACUUAACAGAUAUUUUUCGAUGAAGCUGUCAAUGAGGCCUGCACUUUUCUACUCCUUAUUUUAAUGUUCUCAACAGGACGCAAACCGUUCCAAUAAAUCCUGCCCCCCC